CGAGGCACAUCCACCAACCACCUCCACCACCGCCGCCGCCGCCGCCGCCACCGUCACUUACCUCUCCACUACUACUCCAGUACGUCAUCGCCACCUCCAUCGUAGUCAUCACCGUCACUGCGGUCACCUCUACUCCACGUUCUACGUCUUUCUCCUCCCUGCUGAUCUUCCCACCUUCCGCGACCGUGGAAGAAGAGCGCGGCGGCCACCGGCGCGGCGGUUAUCUCAGAGUGUUACGACCAGAGAAUAGAGUUGCGCAGACGUUGCUCUAUUUCGGCUCUAGGCACGCUCUCGUCGUCAAACAUCGCGCGAAUUUCCGCGAGCGUUUACACCUAUCAUCGGUGGAGUGAAAGAGAAAGAGAAAGGGCUGGUUGAUCUCUCUCUGGGGUGAUUUCUCUGUUCUUCGUUGUCGCCCUCGGAGAAUCGCGCGCGGAAUGUUCGACUGACUUCCGCAGUGGAAGUGGAUACGCGUGUCGGACGCGCACAAGUGGAGGAGGACUUGUACAGCAGCCACAAGUGGUGAACGGAAAUUGCGGACGUAUAUAUCCGUGUAUACGCGCCGCGCGCACCUUUCGCUUUCUACGAGUGAUACUGUGAUUCGUGAUAGAGACCUCGGGGUAAUACUCGGAAGCUGCUCUCUUCUCACCGGACGGUCGCGAGGGGUCGAAGGUGAUCGUCAGGUAGUGCAUGGCUGACGCGAGGAUGGAUCGGAAGAUCACGCUAUAUAUCGCCAUUUGGAUGCUGACGGUGGUCACGCCGAGGUGUCAGGCAACCAAUCACGAAAACGCGGAGGUGGAUGGGAACUCCGAAGAUUCUGCCAUCGACGAUGCGACCGAGGAUUAUUGGGGGAGUAGCGGAUCGGGACCCGAUGAGGAUGAUUCCCCUCGAAACGAAACCAGAGAAGCGUUAACUCACGAGGCCAGCGACCACGAUACUGUCGUAUACGUUGGCGAUGGUGCCGCUUAUGUACCAGUUCCAUCGUUAAAGAACCGACCUGUGAAUUCGAAUCUUCAAGCCCUUCAAACACUUCAAGGCUUGCAAGGGCUUUCUACAGGAGGAGGGACAGGCGUAAUCGGUGACGAGGAUUGGAGGAGACAUCCAGAGACCUGGGAUCGCGAACAUCGAAGAUACAGACCCAAUACAACGCGAGUGCAACAUAUCGAGGCGGAAUGUCAAGACGACUACAUGAAAAUCAGAAUUGGAUUCAACGGAUCUUUCGCCGGCCUCUUAUAUUCAGCAGGCUACUCGUAUGAUCCUGAUUGCAUGUACGUUAACGGGACGGGCCGCGACUACUAUGAAUUCUACAUUCAGUUGAAUCGGUGCGGCACCCUCGGCGAGAACACUCAUCAUCAGGACAGCAGGAAGAAUCCUACGAAAAAUCUGAUGUGGAACACGGUCACGGUCCAGUACAAUCCAUUGAUAGAGGAGGAAUUCGACGAGCACUUCAAAGUUACCUGCGAGUACGGCUACGACUUUUGGAAGACGGUGACAUUUCCCUUUCUUGAUGUCGAGGUCGCCACGGGAAAUCCCGUAGUCUUCACCCUGCAGCCUCCUGAGUGCUACAUGGAAAUCAGAUACGGUUACGGGACCACUGGAACUAGAGUGGCUGGACCAGUUCGCGUCGGCGAUCCCCUGACUCUCAUUAUCUACAUGCGCAGUAAAUAUGACGGUUUUGACAUCGUUGUGAACGAUUGCUAUGCGCAUAAUGGCGGCAAUAAGAGAAUUCAACUGAUCGAUCAAUACGGAUGUCCGGUCGAUGAUAAAUUGAUCAGUCGGUUUCGAGGCUCUUGGUCGGAGAGUGGUUUAUUCGAGACGCAAGUCUUCGCUUACAUGAAGACCUUCAGGUUCACGGGAUCACCGGCCCUAUAUAUCGAAUGCGAUGUUCGCAUGUGCCACGGAAGAUGCCCGAGUCAACCUUGCCACUGGAGAAAUGCGAAAAACGUAGUAAAACGAUCAGUGUCGGAAAUGAUUGGUGGACCAUCGACACCGGCAACUAGUCUGUCAGAGAACGUGAAUCUCUUCCAGUCCCUUCGCGUCCUUCAGGAAGGCGAGGCAGAUACGGAAUUGUUCCAAAAUUCCACGAGCGCUUUUCGCAGUGGGCUUAGCGAAUCUACGACCGAGAGAGUGUGCUUGAGAUCUUCUGUGGCCAGUACAAUAGUGGGAGUCGGCUGCGGAUUCUUUUGUAUCAUGGCCGGCACGAUACUGGUCAUGUGCUCGCGAAUGCGACGACACGCGCGAGAAAAAUUAUUGUCGGACAGCAUAAGUUACAUGACACAUAAGGGGCGGAUCAAUUAAAAGUAGCGCUAGCGCGCGCGGAGAAGUCUGUUUCUUCUCUCUUUCGUCUGGUCGGCGAUAUCCUCGCAUCUCCCUCGCAUCUCUCGGAGUUAUCCAGAAGAGAAUGCUCUGCCGAUAAGAUAGAAAUGCGUAAUGUGUCGUUAAGAUAGAAAAUUAUCGAUAUAAAUGACUGAGCUAUCGAUAAACCGACGAUAUUGGCUGACAAAAGGUAUAAUCAGGUGACGCGACGAUGAUAAAUUAAUUUCUCACGAAUCGAAAGAGUAGCAAAUUUGUAAAAAUUUUAGAAGGGUUUCGUGUACUACUUUGUACUUAUUAACUUCUUAAGGUAAGCGUGGGAUUGAUAUAGUGCGAAGUGCCUUACAUAUAUUGAUAGUCGUUGAUAAUUCAGACUCCCAUGGAUAUAAUAGGUCUCACCGAUCCUUCGUGCGCGAAUGCUUUUUAUAUAUAAAUAAUAUUCGCUGCUAAUACUCUCGCUUCUCUCUUACUUAUCGGAAUCGAUAUUCAUUCGUCGAUUGAUGUUUUGUAUCGCGAAUGAAAUAUUCGUAGCGAGUUAUCGCUCGUCGAUUAAUAGAAUUUAACCGUCGAUAUAUUGCCACGAUCUCGGUGCCGAAUGUGCGAUCAAUGAAAUAAGACUUCGAUUGUUGCAUCACCGUACAAUUGUUUAUUCGUAAUUUAAUGCACUGCCGAACGAUUUGAUGUUUUUUUUUUCUGUUGCUUAUCUCGAUCUCGCAGGCGGCAUGUUUUGAGAUCAAGACGAACGUAACGUAAGUAACGACGCUUAAUUGCCGUUAAUAAGAUUCACUACUUAUAUGUUUACCUAUGUGGCAUUAUUCACCAUAUUCAGGAACGUGAAAAUUGAUCAUAUGUUAAUAAUUG